UGCCAGUACACAAUAGAUUGCCGACGCGAACGCGUGUAGUGCUCGCAACGAAACUGGUCGCUCAUUACCAAACACAUACUCCCGCCACUGACGCCACACCGCCGCAUUUAUAGCACACCAUCAUCUCGUUGGGGAUCUUCAUAGUUGUCAGUGCUCAAAGGAAAGCAAACUUAAAAACGAAAUAACAAGAAAGCUAUACCGAUACAUGCUGCAUCGGUAUAUUUUAGUCAUUUAGUUGAGUAGUAAGACUAGAAACUGAACUCAAAAAUAAUUGAAGAUCGGUGAAGAGCUAAGUGUUGUUGGUGGCACGAAAAAUAGAAAGAAUGCAGUACACGACGAGCUCAGAAAAUUACUCCUCAUCAAUAAGAGGCGAAUCGCCCACAAAAUGGGGAAACAAGGAAGAUAAAGGUUAUGUGUACAAGAAGUCAUCCUAUCAAUAUUCCAAUUCAGGCAAUAGCAACAUAGCAAGCAUGAAUAAAUCACUGGAUACAAAUAUUGAUCAAUUGGAUGCUUUAUUGGAAGACUUGAAACACGAACGUCAAAUCACAAAAGAUAAAGAUAUUUUAUCAACUUCCGCAAAUUAUAGGACAAUGGAACGGGACAGAGAACACGUUGAACCUAGUGGUACUGUUACGAAAACCAUGCGUGUUAUGAAAACAUCACAGCGAUCAGUUCCACAACCUUUGCAGGACGAAAUCGAUAGCUUUUCAACAUCAGAAUACAGUACUCUGAAGUCGAAUGGUUAUCCCAGCAUACAACGUGACUAUCACUCAAAUGAAAAGCUCUACGGAUCUACUAACGUCUAUGAAAGUAAGAACAAAUUAUACGAAAGCAAUCGCAUUAUUGACAGUACGGACUUGAUUCCUUCCGGAACCACAACUACAACAACAACAUCUCAACUAGAGAAAGAUCUUCAGAAUUUGCCGUUGUCUGAAGAUAUAUUGCCAUUACCCGGUACCAAAGUUACCACUACAGUUCGUACCUAUACUUACGAAGUACCAGCCACCGGCACACUUAGCCGAGGUACUCCGUUAACUUCAAGCACUCGCUACAACACAAUUCAACGUAAUGAAAUUAACAGCUCCACACUACAGUCUAGUCCUAUCGCAACUCAAGUACCCCCAGUAGUACCACAAACUGUUGUUUAUAAUACAGAAAGCUAUUCUACAACUAAUAGGACCAAUGAGCGCCCCAUAACUUCAAAUCACUUAUAUGAAGUGCGAGAGCAACGUGAAACAAACACUCUUCAAAAGAAUUUACCAUUACAACAACCGCGUAGCCCUCAACAAAGUGGCACCAACAAAACUAUUAUUUAUAAAAUGAACACAACUGAAAAUGUUCAUACUGGACCAGAAUUCAGAAGCUAUCCUCAACGGUCUCCAGAGUAUCCCAUAAAUCAAGAACCACCACAAAAUGGACCAUAUGGCCAACCUCAUGAUACUUAUCCCCCUGGACCCACAACCACCAAAUAUAUUUAUAAAGAAUCUUCAAAUGUUGUGAACACUAUUCACGGAUCACCAGUUGGUCCAUCAGAUGCGCAGCCCAGAUAUUUACCACCAGCACAUCCUCAACACAAAUCACCGCCAGCAGGAUAUUUACCGAGUGGUAAUGGCUAUCCCCCACACGGGCCCUCAAACACUUCUCAAGUAACAUAUAAAUAUUCAUCUUCAUCUACAACAAACAAUCGCCAAGACAGUCCAUAUGGUAAACCAUCACCAACCACUCAACCAGCACCAUUCCCCGUUGAUGGAGUCGAGUAUCCAGCAAAUUCCAGUCCUCCGCAGAAAGUUGACGAACUCAUGCAAUCCUUUGGACAAAUUGAUUCUGUAGACCGAGCUGACCUUUCUACUCCACGCAAACGCGAAAUAGAAACCGCUGUGGCAACUCCAAGUCAACAUGUUCCUACAAUAAAUAAGGCGGGAAAGGAAGUUUAUUACCCACCUGGACAUGAGAUGAUGUUAACAAAACGUGAAGAAAUGGCUGCAGGGUCAGCGGCUGGGGGACGUUGGGCUAAAGGCUCUGGAAUGUAUGAGUACGAGUCCGGAUAUAAAUCUAAAACUAAAACUAAACAAGGCGGUGCAGUGGUUCCUAUUUGUUUACCACUUUGUUGUGCUAUGCCAUGCUCCAUAAUGUAAAUCGAAAUCAAAUUAAUUUAUUGAAAUAAAGUCUCGAAUGUAAAUAUAGAUAUAUGUAUGUACCACUAAUAUUAAAUAAUACUCCAUACACUCUCUACACAAAUUUAGUAAACAUUGGAAAAUUUACUUGUACAAUGCAAUAAACAAAUCCACAAACCAAUUUUGGAAGCGAUGAUAAAGAUUACAAAAUUGUUAAUAAAUUAUUUAAACUUAAAAAUCGAGAAAUGAAAAUAAAUUCAUUAUUAUAAAAAAAUAAUAAUAUAAACGUUAUUAAUAAUUAUUUAUAUUUAUUUACGUAUGUAUAUACGUGAGGAUGAAUAUUCUAUUUGCCAAUGUGUAAUCUUUUUUUAAUGGAAAUAAUACUAUUAAUAUUAAUGUAUAAUGUAUAAUUAAAACUCACACAUAAGAACGAAAAAACAUGCUGUCAUGAAAAUAAGACAAUACUAUCCUUAUGGUUAAUAUUCACAACAUACUGGAUCGCAAAGAAGUUUGUUGAGAGUGCUAAUACAGUGAAAGUUCUAUUAAACGGACACUCUAAACAAAUAACAAAACAAAAACGGUUAAAUGGUUAAACCUGAAGACUCUGAAUUUUAGAGUUCUUAAAUUUAAAAAAUAUACAUAAAAUAUACCCAUAUAUAGUAUAUUUCUCAAUAAAUGUAUGUAUAUACUUUUACACUUGCCGAGGGACGACCAUUAAAGAAACAAUUUGUGUCAAAUAACUUUAUUAUCAGAUUAUACGCGGAAAUAUCGUGCCUUGAAGGUAUAAUAAAAAUGUGGAUAUGUAUGCACAUAUAUGUAUGUAUGUUUUAUGAUUGUGUCAUAAACAUGCAAGCUUAUUUUCAAGAUUAGCUUUACUGUAAAAUUAACAUAAAAAAUUAAUGUUUGUAACCGAAUUUGUCAACAUCAAAAUAUGUGCUAAUUAACUAAAACUGCGUUUAAUAAAGAUACUCUAACGGUA